AUGUCCGGCAUGAUCAUUUCGAUGCCCCCGGGUUAUCGUCUGUCAUCCCGCAUCUCCGGGGAUAUUGCCUUGAUUUCGUGCUUGGCCAAAUCACUCAGAGACCCUCACCAGCACGACGAAAACAAGAUCAUGAGCAGGACGCCCCGCUCCAUGCAAGCCAGGAUCGGAAUGUCCAUAUCCAGCCAGUGGCCCGAGAGGAGCGCCUACUGGCGAAGUGAUGAAGGAUUCUCCGUGCAUCAUUUGACACUUGCCUGGAUGAUAACAGAGGCUGACAUGCAUGAUGCAUGUCGUCAAGACGGUUCUGAAGCUGAGAAGGUCGAGGAUGUGUUACUGCAACGAGUUCAGCUGCCGGAACUUGACAGGUGA